GACUAUUUAAAGCAACUUGAGGCACCGACAUUACCCUAUAAAAGGAAUCCGCUGACCUGUUUCACUGGGUUUCCUGUCGGCGUCGAGGAUUCGAGAUGAUAGGUAGGAGUGAUCGUGGUCGACCAAUGUCUCAAUGCGCCAUUCAUCCCACACCCUCUGUACGAAAACUAUAAAGUAAAACUAAGAAAAGUAAAUACACAGCUCGAGCAGAAUAUCAAUAACAGACUGGAAGGAAGAAUGGACGCGACGGGUUUCCCCCUCGUUGAUCCCCAUCAGCCACUGCCUCACCGCCCGCCACUUCCGGGCAUCUAUUGCCAUCAUCACUGCGGAAAGCUUUCAUCUCCCAUCAUCAGAGCAAUCCUUAUCGAUUCUCCUACUUUGAGAAUUAUCACCCCAUCUCCGUACCGAGGAAAUACAGAAUACCGCCUGAGCAAACCCACCAGACGACUUCCCACCAAACCCUCCUAACAAUGUCCGGCAAAGGCAACACCGCAUACGGAGCUCCCUCAUCAGAUACCGCCUUCCGCAAAACAUGGGACCGAGAAGAAUACGCCAAAAAGGCCGCAGAUGAAGAAGCGAAGCGCAAAGAAGAGGGCAAGGCGCGCUAUGAGGCAAAACUGCUAGGCAAGAAAUGGCACGCGCCUGUGGACUACAGCACCCUCGAGGCCACGACCUCGCGCAAACAGCGCCUCGAUGUCGCCUCGAUGGUGGGCAAGACGACGAUCGUUCCAGCGGGAUCGGCAGUGGGUAAAAGGGGUCGCGGUGCUGGAUUCUACUGCUCCGACUGUGAUCUUACCUUCAAGGAUAAUCUGCAGCUGGUGGAGCAUUUGAACAGCAAGCAACACUUGAUUGCGACGGGUCAGAGUGGCGAGGUGGUUCGCGCCAGUUUGGAGGACGUGCGGCAGCGGUUACGAUUUCUGGCUCAUCAGAAGCGAGUCAGGGAAGAGGAAGAACGGCGGGCCUGGCAGUUGGAUCUUGGCGAAAGAUUGAAGGAGAGGGAGGAACAAGAGGCCAAAGAGAGAGAGGAAAAGAGAAGAAAGAGGAACGAAAAGCGUCGGAAAAAUGGAGAGAAUGGGAUCAAGCAGGAGGAAGAUUCCUGGGAAGGUCGACUCGGCAUUAUCGCAUAGUACAAGGGGUCGAGAGGGAUUGCACAUACGAGAGACUUGAUUUCAUUGGAAGGGACAAAAGUUUUGCAGAUACCCAGGCGUUUGGUUUUACUUAGGAUUUUCUUUGGGGCUGGGUUCUUACUGUCAAAAUGGACAGGAAUUGCAUUUACCGCGCUGUGAUAUUGCAGAUUCGCUUCAGAGAUAUCGCGUCCAGGAAUACCUUCAACAGAAUAAGUGCUUAAAUAGAGAACCAUUGUUCCCAU